AUGACGACCCACCAGUUGCUAAACAAGAAUGUGCGCACCAUGCCCUCCUGGGUGAUGGAGGCAAAUGACCGCAUUGGGCCCAAACCGCCACCCACGCCACCAAACGGGGUGGCUGGAGGCCCUCCCAAAGCUCCUGCCCUACCGCCCAAGGCGAAGAGCACUCCCGAGCCGGACUACGAGAUCAUCGAGUUCUCCAGCCAGCAGUACUCCAACGAACCGAUGAAGACCACCGUGAUUAGAACCAAGACACCAGAUAACAAACUAAAGUGCACCUUGUGCGGUUCCCAGAAUCCCUGGGUAACCUGUGCCGAGUGCGCCGGUCAGAUCUUCUGCGCCUCCUGCGACGACAUGUUCCACAAGCAUCCCAAACGUAAGCAGCACAUGAGAAAGGCUGUGGAGCAGGGCACACCGCCGAUUCCGCCGAAGGCACAGGCCGGUGGUGGGGCACCACCACCAGUGGCACCUCCGCGACGCACCAAACGAGGCCUGUUGACACCGUUUCUGGGCCGCAAGGAUCAGAUGCUGCCGCCGCCCUCGCCCACGCCCUCGCACAAGUCGCUGGGCGGCUGGCGGGGAUCGCUCGGUGGCGGGGCCACGCCCCCAGUGCCUCCAGUUGCCAGCAGCUCAGCCAACCAGAUGAACAACCGACCACUGCCCGAUCCACCGCGCAGCGAGGGCGGGGGGUCUUCCAGAUCGGGCACCCCCAAGUCCGUGUUCGACACCAUCCAGAGACCGCCGUCGGUGCAGCUGGAGAAGAUCAAGAGCAAGGCCAGCGCCACCCUGGACCGCAUGGCCAUUCUGCAGCAGCGGUACCGCCAACAGAAGGCUCGCCAGGAUCUGAGCGCCAACAGCGAACAGCAUUUGUCGAAUGGAGCCGGCUUCGAGCACUGGUCAAACAUUUCACCAUCGCCCUCGCAUUUUCGUUCCGGCAGCAUGUCAUCCGGUCUGAACUCAUCCCAUUUCGAUCUCUCGGAUGACUCACAAUUUCACAAUUCCUUGCUGCUCCAACAACGACAGGCGGCCGGCGCCCAGCGGCGGCAGAUGAGCACCUCGGUGUUCAAUCUCAACUCAAAUCAACGUCGACCACUAGCCGAGGCCCAGAACGGAAGUGCCUGGCUCGCCAAUCAGCGCAUCCAGCAGGCCCAAUCUCUGGCGCAGCUAAACUGCGCUGGCUGUCAGCAGAGCCAGCAGCAUCCUGGCUGGGCACAGCAUCCGCACCAACCACAUCAGCACCAGCAUCCCGAUCAGUGGUCACAGUUCGGCUCCCAACAGCAGUUCAACAACUCCAAUCUGUCCCUGAACGUUGGCCCGGGUUACAUGUCGCAGCAACAUCAUCCACACUAUCCGCCGCCGGUGUUUAUGACCCAGCGCGGUAUGAUGCCCAAUGUGUAUCCAGGAGCACCCGGCUAUCCCAUGAUGCAUCCAGGUGUCAUGGGAAUGCCACCUUCAGCUGCCUCCAGAGCUGCAUCCCGUUCCCGGUACGCUGCAUCACCAACACCCAGCCGCAAAUCGAUGUCCUUGCGUCGCAAGCGCAAUAGCUACGUGGAUGACGAACUUACAGAUGACGAGGACUCCGACCAGGAUGACCGCAGAUCCUUGGUGUCAAAUCGCUCGGCCAUGACCAGUGCCUCGCGCUCCCAGCACCACCAAAACCACAUCCAACCCCGCCAAAGGCGACUGUCCAGUGCCUCGCAACUCAUAGCGAGCGAUGAACUGGAUGGCGAUCAGAGGCAUCACAAGAUGCGGAAUCGUCGGGGAUCCAUUGCCAAGUCCGUGCAGAGUGAGUGGCUACCGGAACGACGCGAAAAUGAGGGAACCCUUACCAGAAACAAAACAGCAACGGACUCGGCCAGAACCAGUCGCAUUUACUCCGAUCUGGAGUCUGAGGGAUCGGGUGCUCGGGCCUUGGUUCAAGCUAAGAUCCAGCAGAAGCUCGCCUCGGAAUACGAGGAAGUGGUCGAAGAGGUAACCGCAUCGGAGAGUGAGGCUGAGGCUCAAACAGCACCCGAUCCACAGGAGGUUCCUGACGAGAUUGGGGCAGAUGACCUCGGCCCACCACCUUCCACCCCAGACCACGAAUGGGAAUGCGAGUUCUGCACGUUUGUGAACGAGCCCAACAUCAAGAUCUGCUCCAUAUGCUGCAAGACGCCCAGCAAACCUCCAGUGCAGCCCAACAAGGCCAAAAAGGUAGAGGAAAAACCACAGCCUCCAACUGAAAAGUCAAACAAUAUCAAGUCGUCUUCCAAGACGGAAACUAAGCCUGCGCAAAAGCCCACUACAAAGACCCAACAACCUAGUCAGAAAUCCGUUGCUGCUUCAUCGAAGACAACUCAUACCAACUCCACACCUAGCUCAAAAGCGUCGCCAGCUGUAAACUCCAAGAGCACCUCCAGUAUUCCCAUCAAGACACCAUCGAAAUCCACACUGAAAACUUCGUCGGAAAAUGAAUCCGAUAACUCGCUGGCCAAGAGUCUUUUGCACAAAGAGUCCGUUGAAAACAUUUGGAAUACUCUGGAUGAGAGCAUUCAGGCGCAGGCGGAGCAGGUACUCAAGAAGGCUCAGAAGGUCUCCACGGCCUGUGGUGGAACUCCUCCCCGUGAAAUAGCGGCCGUGGAAAUGGGAACCUCUCCGCCUCCUCAGAGCAUUUCCACGCAGACCUACGACGCUCUGCCCUUUAACACAAAGCAAGAGGAGAUCCUCCCCGUUGUUCCAGACCGCUUCACGACUCCAGAACCAAACAAGAUGGAGCGACGUCCGCACUAUCGCAGCAAUUCCCAGCUGCAGCAGGAGAAUGACCGAUAUCGGAGUGCCAACGACCUGCGGUAUCACGACGGCUUUGGAUUGGAUCCCUAUAGUGCCGGUCUGGUCACCAAAAGACCCAAUUUCAUAAACGAGCUCCGCAUGCUCCAGCUUCAAGUAUCUUCACCUUUCGAUAUGCCGCAUGAGACAUUCGGAGUCAAGCACGAGCCUGCCAGAGAUCCCGAAACGGAAAUGCACAUCAUACUGAAAGAACUGGAGCUGUACAAGUUCACGGUGGAGGAACUGGAAGCGGCCCUAAAAUACUGCUCCCCGGACACUCAUCCCAUUCAGUGGCUACGCGAAAACUGGCACAAGCUGGUGCAGACCGUGCAGAGUUUGUCCACCAAGUACGGACAGGAGAGGGGUGAAAACACGAUCGGAACCGUGUCCCAAAACGAGGCACGCGAGGCACUGCGCAACUCGGGUGGAAAUGUGUGGCAGGCGGUGGCGGAAUGCAUCCAACAGAGGCAGCAGAAGUACAGGAAACUGGCGGCCAAAGGAAACUUCCUGCGAGAUGACAUUGUGAACGCGCUGACUGCGCACCAAGGUAAUGUGGAGCAGGCGCUGGUGGAGCUGAAUCGCACGCAACUCAAGCCAUUUCUAAUGCGCAUCUGGGGCUCGCCGAAUGGCGUUGAGAAUGAGAGUGGCGUGGCCAUAGACACCAAGUCGGAUAUCCAUGACUUCUUGAACACACACGCCUUGGACUGCCUGCAGCCUCCAUUGGCUGGGCAGAGUCCCAGCCCCGCCCAAGCCAAUCCUUUCGACCAACCCCGCACCGACGAGAGCCCCGUCAAAUCCACCUAUGCCACACCCAGUCCCUAUCAGAUGGAGGACAGCACCCUGAAGAACCUGGAGAUACUCAUCGGCAACAUGGAACAGAACCAGGCCAAGCAGAAUCAGGAGGUUCUACGUUCCAUCGAGACCAUGCUGGACACAUUCAAGGGCAAGCCGGAUCUGGAGUACGAAACGGAUCCGGAGAUAAUGCGUAUCCUAACAAAGAGCCCCAUUAGCACGUUGAAGCCAUCUGGACCAACAGAGGAUAAGUCCGCCGAUGAUGUGAAGAACUUUGUAUGGCAACACAUUCAGGAAAUUGUGCCCAACCUGGUGCAACAGGUCGAACAAGAGCUCAUGGAGAAACCGGAAGAGGUAGCUAAAAAUGAAGCAGAACCGCCAAAGGAGCCUGAACCCCCACUCGAACCUCAGCCUGAGCCCACACCAAGUAUCGAUCCUGCUGUCUACAUCAUGGAGGAAGUCAUAAAGCCCAAUUUAAGGGAAGCAAGCAUUCGUGAAGAGGUUCAACCCAGUUUUAUAUAUGCCACUGAAAUAGCUAACUUCAAGUUGGAAUUUGAUCGUGGCACUGAACGAUUGCACGAGGCGGAAUGGGAAAGCAGCGAUCUUACGGAUGCAGAACGCAUAGUAUACAAAUGCUACAUGGCUCCUAAAGAGGAACCCAAGGAGGAGGUUGAACAGGCAGCGGCUGAGAGUUCCGUCAAUUCGCUUCCACCAGCAAAAACACAAGAAGAAGCUGCUCCAGAAGUAUCCAUUCAAGCUCAAAAUAUUGAAAACACAAAAGUUACAGAACCAGAAACACUAACAAGAAAAGAGACCGUUAAUGAGGAACUUGGCCAGCAGGGAAAACUAGAAACACCAUUAGUAAAUACAAGUGAGAAAAUUAAUCAAGCAGUUCCACAGUCAGACAACGAAAGUGACAAAAGAAUAUCAAUUGAAAAUAAUUUGCAAAUUAAGCAGAAUGUGGCAGAAGUACAAGUCCAGUCGGAUGACCAGCCAAGCACGAGUAGAGAAGCCAACCGAAGAGCUAAGAGAUCCCAGCAAUCGAGAAAAGGUAGAUCACGGGAUCAAAGCCAAAAACCAACCAAUCGUACAAAGCUACCAAACAAUAUCGAUCAGAAAGUAAAUGAGUCAAAAACAGCAGCUAAGGAAACAGAAGCAGUCAAAGAUCAGAGUGCUGCUGCAAGUAUUAAACAGCCAGUUGUUACUGCAUCUGAUCCUGAAACUCUCACACCCCAUAAAAUACUAUCUGAGGAGGUGAAUAGCAACUCUAUCGACUUAUCCGUUCAAAAUCAGAGUUCGGGUGAAACUAUGGAAAACGUACCUUCUACAGAAAUAAACGAUAAUGUGUCGAUAGAGGUCAUCUCAAAUAAAUCCGAAGAAGUUCCAGCGAUUCCGGACUUGGGAAGCACGAAGGCCAUAUCUGAACGCACUGCAAACCCUAUCGAAGAAAUUAAGUCCGUACAAAACAUAACGAUUGUUUCAGAACAAGCUGAAGAGCCUCAAGAACCAGAAAACCAUACCGAAGUAUCUGAAACAACAGAGCCAAUUCAAAUCCCUCGAGAAGAAGCAAGCACUGAAAUAGUCAGCCCUCCAAACGAGGAACAACCCAAAUCUCUAACAUUACAGGAUGUUAAUGUACAAGACACAUCAUCCAUCAUAUCUUCUCCAACUACUGACGUCAGUCCAAUUGUAGAAAAAGUCGACAUAACGCCUAGUACCUCAUCAAUAUCUAACGAACAAAAGCAAAGUCCUAAGCGUCUUUCAAAGAUUCCGGUAAGAACCCUGAGCAGCAGCAGUCUUCGCAGUGAGAGUCGGUCCAGCAAUCGGACUCCAACGGCCAAUGAUGAAAUCGAAAGGGAAGAGACUACGUCACAAGAUGUACCCAUAGGGAAUACAGCCAAUUCUCCAAAACCAGAAGAGUUGUCCGACAACCAGGAGGUUAAUCUCGUGAGCCAAGAAACUCAGUCCGAAAUGGAUACACACAUUGUCCAAGAACCUCCCGUCCAGACUUUAGGCUUGGAGCUGGAAGAACAUAGUCAGAAUGCAACUCCUAUGGCUGUCAGUCCCACAGACUCAGACGAAGUAUUCGAAGAUGCUCCCGAGUUCAGCGGUAGCGAUGGAACCAGACCCCAUGAUGAAACCGCUUCCGAUACAGAGCUUUAUAGCCUUGAUAGCGAUGGGCAGCGGGCUGAAACCAAAUCCCCAGAGGAAGAAGUUGUACUCUUGCUGGAUGAGGAAUCUCAGAUGGAAUCUUCGAUAGCCCAGUCCGAAAGCAACGCAAGUCUUGGUUCCCACUCAAGUGAAUCCGAGACGUCCAAAGUUGUGCUGAAGGAGUUUGUUCCCUCUGGAGAUCCGGCCAAACAGAACCUAAGCGAACUGGUUGAGGACACUCAACGUUUGAUCAAGCAGAUGCGCGAUGAGAUCAGCAUGGAUGAGUUCGAGUCCACCGAUGAGGAUGAAUACUCCGAUGAAUACUCGGAUGAGUAUGACGAAGGGGAAGAGGAGGAGUGGUACGACAGCGAGGGAGAAGAGGAGGGAGACUUCGAUGGGGAGGAGGGAAAUACAUAUAACGAGCACGCAUCCUACAUCGAGGAGGCCUCCACUGGUGACGAAGGCACCGAAAUCGAAGACAUAAUGGAGGAAGACGAGGAUCUGGCUGAUGAGGAAGAGCCACUGCACUCACAAAUUCCACUAGACAUUGAACCAGUCAUAUCGCCUGCUCUAUCAGUCACACCCACCAACCAAGAAACUGAUACGAUCGUGCACACUGAGGUUGUUUCCUCAACAGGAACAAGGCUGGAAACAGAGUUGCCGAAUCCCGCCGUGGAAUCCAUCUUGCCUUCUCAGAGUGUUCAGGAGGAUAUCAAGGUGGAAGCGCUUCCUAUUCAGUCCCCUCCCCCCAUAGCUGACUCCGAAACUCGACCUGCAGAGCAACCAGUUGAGUUUGUGCUAGAAAUCCCAUCAGAAGUUGAGCCUACUCCCGUUGAAGUGGAUUCCGUUGAAGAGCCCACUGCCCUGCCCAUAACACCUGCACCACCCAUUGUUGAUUCCGAAUCGCGACCCGUGGAGCCGCCUGUUGAAACAGUACUGGAAGAACCUAAAAAGGUAACACCGAGCAUGAAAGGCAAGACUGCAAACAGCGGGACUGCCUCCAAAGGUCCCUCCACAUCAAGUACGACUAAAACAAACAAGACCACAGUCAGUAAGAUUCCCAAGCCCACCAAUGAACCCACUAACAAAUCGAAUAGCACCCCCUUGAACAAGAAGGUUCCGCUGCGCUCCAAGUCCUUUUCGGCACCCAUGGGCAUUUCAUCCGUGAAGCGAAUCCAGGAGGUCUACCUCCAGAAGCAGAGCUCAUCGAUUGCGGCCAGCCGAGUUCCGCUCAAGAGCAGUCCCGUCAUCAAGAAGUCAAUCAACGAUGCCAUCAGCAGGUUUAACUCCAACCAGGCCGAUGGACCCAGCACCAGUGGAGCAGCGGCGGCGGCUGCAGCGGCAUUGUUAAAACCUCGAUCCCAACCUCGAAUCCCCAAGAAGAAGUACCACGAGACCUGCUUCUCUGACGAUGACUACGAGACCUCGGCCACGGAGGAGGAGCAGGAGGAACCCAACCUGGCCGAGCCCCAGAAAGCAGAACAUCUGAAGCGUAAGAUGAGUAUGCCCGUUUUUCGGGCAUAUCCUAGUGUUCAAGAGCCGGUAAUCGAGGAUCCAGCGAUCCUUGCCCGCAAGUACGUCGAUCAGGAGCUGGUGACCAAUAUCGCAGAGGCCCAGAUAGCCGCCACUUUGGUGAGCAUGAAGUUCUCGGAGGAUGUGGCUCUGUGGGCGGCAAGGGAGUGCUCCGAUUUGGACCAGGCCAUUGCUAUGCUCCAGCAGGAGUGCGAGCUCUGCAUGAACAGCUAUCCUAUGAAUCAGAUGGUGUCCAUGUUGAAGUGUCUACAUAAGUGCUGCAAACAGUGUGCCAAGAGCUACUUUACAGUUCAGAUAACCGAUCGCAGUAUCAACGAUUGCAGUUGCCCGUUCUGCAAACUGCCCGAGUUGAGCAACGAGGCUCAGCAUGAGGAUGAGCACCUCGAGUACUUCUCCAACCUGGACAUCUUCCUGAAGAGCAUCCUGGAUAAUGAUGUGCACGAACUGUUCCAGCGCAAGUUGCGCGAUCGCUCGUUACUGCAGGACCCCAACUUCAAGUGGUGCAUCCAGUGCUCCUCCGGAUUCUUCGCCCGGCCCAAGCAGAAGCGAUUGAUCUGUCCGGACUGUGGAUCCGUUACCUGUGCCCAGUGCCGGAAGCCCUGGGAGCGCCAGCAUGAGGGCAGCAGCUGCGAAGCCUAUCUGGAGUGGAAGCGCGAAAACGAUCCCGAGCUGCAAGCCCAGGGUGUCCAGGAGCAUUUGGCCCAAAACGGCAUCGACUGUCCCAAGUGCAAGUUCCGAUACUCGCUGGCCAGAGGCGGAUGCAUGCAUUUCACCUGCACCCAGUGCAAAUUCGAGUUCUGCUACGGAUGUGCCCGGCCCUUCAUGAUGGGCGCUAAGUGCACUGUGUCCACAUACUGUGCCAAGCUCGGUCUGCAUGCCCAUCAUCCGCGCAACUGCCUGUUCUACCUGAGGGAUAAAAUUCCCCUGCAGUUGCAGUUCCUGCUCAAGGAGCAGAAGGUCAAGUUCGACACGGAGCCCAUGCAGAUCAAGGACGAGUCCAGCAGUUCGUCCAAGGCUCGUGCCCAGGCCCGCUGUCCCAUCCCGCUGCAAAAGGAGACGCCGCAAGGACUAGUCGACACAGUAUGCAACACGGAAGUUCCUGACAAGCACGCUGGCAUGUGUCGCACCCACUACGUAGAGUAUUUGGCUGGCAAGGUUGCCAAGGCUGGCAUCGAUCCACUGCCCAUCUUCGAUCUGACGGACUGCGUCCAGGAGCUGCGGAGGCGAGGCAUCGCUCUGCCGGAGAGAGGACCCUGGGACACCGACGAGAUCUACAAGAACAUGUGCUCCGAGGUAAUCAAAGAGCAUAUACCACUGAAAUCGGCAUGAGCAGAAUCUGAACAAGUGAUGUUUUGGAAGCGGACGACUGUUGCAAUUCUUCACCAAUAUCUUUGAUUUAUGGCGGCACUUUUAUAGACAUUUUUAUACACCCACCCCCCUACACUCACGAAUCAAACUUCAGUGCUAGACAGUUCGUUAGACAUUAGACAUGGCAUGUAUACACCUUCAUUGUACACCCACUCAUCGUUUAUCCAUCCAGAAACCUUUCCCAUUUUGUUUAGUUACUAAGAGAUGGAAAACAACAGACCGAAUAUCCGCACGUGUAAUAGAGUGCAUCCAAUAAACGGCGGCAUAUGUGAAAAUCCAA